CAAGGAAAUUCUGUCGAGAAGAAGAAGCCAAAGCGCAGCAAAGUCAAGCCCAAGAUGAUGAACUUCAACAACGUCCAAGACACUGCCAGCCUGUACGCCUUCAACAACUUGGCCAAGGAAUGUAAUUUUUCGCCUACCGACAGUGGCUACGAUUUUGACGACUGCUCCUGGUUCAAUUUCUACGGCAAUCCCAACGACAUGAGCGGCGACUCUGUGCCAAGGAAUGGCCCUGCAAGUGGGUCCGCCAGCAGAAUUCCACGAUGUGCCCAAAGACCACGCCAAAUGGCGGCGUCCCCGAGAUCACCUCAAAUGGCGGCGUCGCCACGGCCGCGUAUGGCGGCAUCCCCCCGGCCAAACUACGCCUUCCAGCCACUAUUCCAUGAACGUGCAACCCACGAGGACGAUACAGUAUUAACGCAGGAGCUGUGGAAGCUGGCGCGCAAGUCGGGCACGCUGAAUCUGUCGAACAAGGGAUUGGCUCGUGUGCCCCAGCGAUUGUACGACAUCAACGAUGCGGAUGAGGACAGCAAGGCGGCCACGCUGGAGCAGCUGUGCAUCAAGGAGGAGGAUGCCUGGUGGAACCAAGUGCCAUUGACCAACUUGGAUUUGAGUUCCAAUGCUUUGACGAAGCUUUCGCCAAAGAUUGAGAAUCUGCAGUCGCUGACCGUGUUGACUCUCCAUGACAACGCCCUAGCAUCGCUGCCGCCGGAGAUUGGUAAGCUGGAGAAGCUCGUGCGCCUGAAUGUGAGUCGCAACAAGCUCAGCGACUUGCCCAGGGAGCUGUACAGCCUGCCCGAGCUGCGGCAUUUGAAUAUCAGCUACAAUCAGUUCAACGAACUCAAUCCGGACAUCAGCGACUUGCACAUGCUGGAGUUUCUGGAUGCUGGGCAUAAUAACAUACAAUCCCUGCCUGGCGGUAUUGGUUUUCUGGUGCGCUUAACCGCCCUCUUGUUGCCCCAUAAUCACAUUAAGGAUUUGCCUCCUGAUCUGGUUAACAUGCGCUCUUUGCAAAGGGUGGACCUCAUGCAGAACGACCUCACCUGCUUGCCCGAGGACAUGGGCCUGCUGAGGAAGCUGCAGUUUCUGUACAUCCAACACAAUGACAUCCUGGAGCUGUCCGACUUUGAGGGCAAUGAGGCACUGACCGAGCUGCAUGCCAGCAACAAUUAUAUAGAGAACAUACCCAUUAGGAUGUGCGAGAACUUGCCGCACCUAAAAGUGCUCGAUCUGCGUGACAAUAAGAUAACAGAGCUGCCCGAUGAGCUGUGUCUGCUGCGUAAUCUCAACCGCCUGGAUGUCUCGAACAACAGCAUUGACACGCUGCCCGUCAGUCUGGCCUCGCUGGCACAUUUGAUUAGCCUACAGGUGGAGGGUAAUCCCAUCAAGUCGAUUCGGCGGGACAUCCUGCAGUGCGGCACAACGCGCAUACUGAAGACGCUGCAGGAGCGUUCGCUGGCCAAGACCAAGGAGGAGGGCGGCUCCACCGAUGGUGCUGCUGGAGCGCGCCUAAGUGGCGGACAAACCGGCGCCGCAGCAGGCGACACAGCCGCAAACUAUCCCGACAGCAGCUAUCAGCCAGAACCAGAGCAGCAGCCACAAGAGCAGCCACAGCAGCAGCAUUUUCCGUGUCAGUGUCAAUACCAGUGCCAGUCGCAAAUGCAAUUGGAGGCCCCGCACUUCUGUGUCUAUGAGCCGCCGCGCAACUAUGCGCCAUACCAAUCAGUGGACUAUGAACAAGAGCAAAGAAUGGACCCAUCUGGGCAAUAUAUGCCGCAGCAGCAGCAAGACUUUCCAACGUUCAAUGGCUUUGGUGGCAUGUUUCAGCAGCAGCAGCAACUAUUCUAUGGCCAGAACGGUUCAAACUUCAAUCAGUGCGCCGUCUGUCCGCGUUGGGUAUACAAACUGCGUCACACGCGCACUUUGGCUGUCAAUUUGGAGGAAUUAACCGAUGUGCCCGAUGAAGUCUUUCAGUUGGCACAGGCUGAGGGUGUGCAUGUGGUGGACUUUGCGCGGAAUAACCUGAGAACGUUGCCAAAAGGCUUGCAGCACAUGCAGCAACUCGUCACGGAGCUGGUGCUCGCCCACAAUCUCAUUGCCCAAGUGCCGCAGUUCAUUUCACAGUUUACGCGCAUUUCGUUGCUGAAUUUAUCCAACAAUCUGCUGACUGACUUGCCCAAGGAGUUUGGUGUGCUGAACACGCUGCGCGAGCUGAACAUAGCCAACAAUCGCUUUGCGUUUAUUCCCAACGGCUUGUACGACCUGCAGGGUCUGGAGAUACUCAUUGCCAGCGAUAAUCACAUCAAGGAGUUGAAUGUCUCAGGACUAAAGUGCAUGCCGCGCUUGUCCACGCUGGAUUUGCGCAACAAUGACAUUGAUUUCAUACCGCCCAUCUUGGGUACACUGACCAACAUAACCCACUUGGAGCUGGUGGGCAAUCCAUUUCGCCAGCCACGUCAUCAAAUCCUAAUGAAGGGCACCGACUCAAUUAUGUCAUAUCUGCGGGAUCGCGUGCCCAGAUAGAGCCACAAAAUCGCAAUUUACUUUCUUUUAUUUAAGCCAAUUUGACACUUGUACAAUUGUUUUUGUUUUGGUACAAGUUCUAUAACCCG